GGCGGAGAGGGGGGACGCGGGAGCGCGCAGCCGGGCAGCUGCCUGAGGCGCUGGGGAGGGGGCGGCAGCCGGGACCCUGCCCAGAGCUCAGCCCUGGUGCUGGUGAUAGUGGUGAUAGUGGUGUGGUAGUGGUGAUAGUGGUGUGGUAGUGGUGAUAUUGGUAGUGGUAGUGGUGAUAUUGGUGGUGGUGGUCACCAUGACCAGCGCGAUCCUGAGGAGGAACUCCAGCAAGCAGGGUCUGCAGAACCUGAUCAGGCUGACAGCACAGUGGAGUGUGGAAGAUGAGGAGGAGGCGGCGAGGGAGCGGCGGCGGCGGGAGAGGGAGAAGCAGCUGAGGUCCCAGGCAGAAGAGAGCUUGAAUGGCACUGGGUCCUGCCCUGAGAGCACGGGUCCAGCACAGCAAAACCACUAUGACUUCAAGCCAUCUGGGACUUCAGAGCUGGAGGAGGAUGAAGGGUUCAGUGAUUGGUCCCAGAAGCUUGAGCAGCGCAGACAGAGGUCUCCCCAGCAGUCAUAUGAAGAAGAGGACAGUGGUGUGAGGGAAGCUGAAGUCAAACUGGAGCAGCUCCAGCUGGAUCGGGAGAGCCCGGAGGAGAUUCGGGAGGAAAAUGCAGAUACUGGGGAGGAAGAGAGGCUGGGCCAAGAAGAAGAAGUGAUCCCAGAACAGGAGGAAGAGGAGACAGCCAAGCAAGAGGAAAAGAAGAGAAGGAGAAAUGAAGAAGAAGAACCAACAGCAGAAAAACGCCAGAAGGCCCCAAGCUCUCCCAGCUUGGAAGAGGAGGAGGAGGAGGAGGAGCUGUGCUCUGAGUACCCUGUGGGAUGCUCCACCAAGAUCACGGACAGAACCGAGUCGCUGAACCGCUCGAUAAAGAAAAGUAACAGCAUCAAGAAGAGCCAACCUCCCCUCCCUGUGUCGAAGAUUGAUGACAGGCUGGAGCAGUACACACAGGCUAUUGAGACAUCCACAAAGGCUCCAAAACCUGUCCGGCAGCCUUCUCUUGACCUUCCCACCACCAGCAUGAUGGUAGCCAGCACAAAAAGCCUCUGGGAGACUGGAGAGGUGGCAGCUCAGUCUGCCACCAAGCCCCUGCCCUGCAAGGAUAUUGUGGCUGGAGACAUUGUGAGUAAAAGAAGCCUUUGGGAACAGAAGGGCAAUCCCAAACCUGAGACCAACGUCAAGUCCACUCCUUCUGGCAAAAAGUAUAAAUUUGUUGCAACAGGCCAUGGCCAGUACAAGAAGGUGUUGAUAGAUGAUGCUACAGAGCAAUAGCAUGUCUGGAGAGCUCAUUAACCAGCUGAGGUUGGUCCUCUCCUGAUGCAACGCUCGGUGCCACCUUUUCCUCUGCUCCCCAGAGAUACCUGAAGGAUUUUUCUCUCCUGCCUGGUGUCAGUCUCUCCAUGGGUACAGCCUGAGCCUCUGGGGGGGUGAGCAAUGCCCCAUGCUGCCUCUGCCUGGAUGGACAGAACUACAUCAGCUGGCAAAACCUAUCCCUGUUUUAACCUUCUUCUCCGUGACUCUUUGGCUUCUUUUUGAAUUUUGAUUUUCUCUGGCUCUGCUAUGGAGGUGGGAGGCUGUGGCUCUGCUCCCUCUCUUCUUUCUGAAGUGUUGGAAGAGAGGGAUCUGCUCUGCCAGGGCUUUUGCUCCAUGAUGAAGAAUUUCUACUUUGGUGGGUGGGUGGUGGGAGAGAGGGAGCUCAACAGAAACCUGGUGAAAGAAUCUGUGUUUGAGAAGAGGGCCAUGGGCAGCUCCUGAACAGGAGGGGACUGCAAGGACUGCUUGUCACCUGGCUGGUGCCAGCUGGGGGUCAAGUUUUCCCCUGUUUCCAGUCAAGCCUCUGUUCCUCACCAACAUGUGCUUUGAAGGACUCUCUGUUAAUUCUGUGUACAUCAAAUCACAUUCAACUGGUUUUUUCUUUUUUAAUUCCCAGUUUAUCCUUUAAUGCAUUCCUGCCAAAAUGUCCCUGCCACUUGUCUAUCUUGGCAGUGGCAAUAGCAGCUUUGUCUUAAAUAGCUUCUUCCUCCCUGUCCAUCAUAGACAGGAGGUCCUUUUUCCAGGUGAGGAGUGCUGAUCACUGGCAUUCUCUUUUUUCUUUGGGAAAAGGAUUUGUUAUCUCUCCUGGGCUUCAAUGACUGAAACACUUCAGAGGGAAUAUUAUAACCUUCCUGCUCUGUCCCUGGAGAGGGACAGGAUAUCUAGGAAACCUCUGCUUCUCUCCUGCUGGACACUGCCUUGGUGAAAGAGUUUUUUGGGGAGAUCAGGGACUGAUGUGAACAUGGGAAAUGGAGCUGCUGAAGUGUGGUACUCUGAUCCUGAACUUAAGAUCCUAAAAUCAGCUCCCAGGGCUGUUUCUGAGCUUUCCCACAUCUUCAUGAUGUUAGCAUGUCCC